GGAGAUAUGUAUGUAUAUAAUAUAAUAUAAUGAACAAACAAUAUAAGGAGCAAGCACACACAUCACCGAGAUUUUGCAUACAAAAGAAAUAGCUUCAUAUGAUUUGCAGAGCUUGAGGGAUGUAUCGAACAAAAGGGGAGAGAGAGAGAUAAAGAUUAGUAAUUAAUCCUCCAUUAAAAAAAAGGGGCCAAAUCUAAAACUUCCUUACAAUUUAUAAACUUUAUUUUCAUCAUCCAAUCAAUCAGUAAGUCCCCUCCUGCUACUGUUACAAAUUCCUCCGAUCCUUUUGAUUUUCGCUUCGAUUUCAUCAUCUUUCUGGGUUUGUCUUCAAGGAUGUGAUGUUGUAGUUGCAGAAGGGUUCGAAUUCUGGAGAGAGAAAAACCUUUUUUUUCCCGAGAUUUGUUUCAUUGGCGUGAUUUAGAGAUCUGGGUUUUCGUUCUGGGUCCUGAUUAUUGAUCUGAAAGUAGGGUUUUUUUUCUUCCGAAUUUCUGCAUAUCGAAUCAAUUUUUCGCGGUUUCUGGGUAUUUAUCGCUCAAAAGCUGUUAAAGGGGAAGGGAACAUGUUGGAAGGACGUCCUCGCGAUUCUUGUCUGGUCUCGAGGCUUUUCACCAUGUCUAGCCACAGCCAGACCAAAUGGAGCUUCUUCUACUCCCCUUCUCUCUGCAGCAACGGGAAACGCCCCUUGCUCAUCGAUGACUACGACGACGACGAUGACGUCAUCCGCAGGCCGAGCAAGUAUCGCAAGCCCACGCUCCACUCCUCUCACCGGAGCCGCGGCGAAGCCCCGCCGGAUGACACCGGAGGCGGCUGCAGCGACGGUGGUUCCGGCGAGUCGCUUAUCCCCGGGAUGAACAAAGACAUUUCAAUCACCUGUCUGAUUCGUUGCUCGAGAGCUGACUACUGCUCCAUUGCUUCCCUGAAUCGGAGCUUCCGUUCUCUGGUUCGAACCGGUGAGAUUUAUCGGCUCAGGCGGCUGCACGGUAUGCUCGAGCAUUGGGUAUAUUUCUCCUGCAACCUUCUCGAAUGGGACGCGUUCGAUCCGAGAUCCGAGCGGUGGAUGCGUUUGCCGAGUAUGCCUCAGAACGAAUGCUUCAGGUACGCGGACAAGGAAUCGCUAGCUGUCGGAACAGAGUUACUCGUGUUUGGUUGGGAAGUGAGUUCAUAUGUGAUAUAUAGAUACAGCCUUCUGACCAACUCGUGGUCCACCGGCACGAGCAUGCACAUGCCCAGGUGCUUGUUCGGCUCGGCCAGUCGGGGAGAGAUCGCGAUUGUGGCCGGUGGGUGCGAUUCAAGCGGCAGACUUCUCGACUCGGCCGAAAUGUACAACUCCGAGGACGAGACAUGGACGCCGUUGCCGCCGAUGAAAAAGCCGAGGAAAAUGUGCUCUGGCGUUUUCAUGGACGGCAAGUUCUACAUUAUCGGAGGGCUCGGGUUAGGAGACGGGAACGAGCCGAAAGUCCUAACGUGCGGGGAAGAGUAUGACUUGGAGACCAAGAAAUGGACAGAGAUCCCGAACAUGUCCCCUCCUCGUCCACUCCCGGACAACGGAAUACCUGCGGCAGCCGAGGCACCGCCACUUGUCGCAGUGGUGAACAACGAGCUAUACACAGCCGAUCAUGCCGGAAUGGCCGUGAGGAGAUACGAUAAGAAGAAUAGGGUUUGGAUCACGGUAGGGGCACUGCCCAAACGAGCCGGGUCGAUGAACGGGUGGGGUAUGGCUUUCAGGGCAUGUGGAGACAGGCUCAUCGUCAUCGGCGGUCCGCGAAACUCGGGCGAAGGCUUCAUAGAGAUUAACUCGUGGGUUCCGGCCAACGGUCCACCGGAGUGGCACCUGCUCGGGAGGAAACAGUCGGUGAACUUCGUUUAUAACUGCGCGGUGAUGAGCUGCUGAAACCAUUUGUUUGUGGAUUACAGAAUUUGACUGUGGGAAAGCGGGGGAAGGGCCUAAAUGAUCGUUCUGUUCUUCUUGAGUACAUUGUUAACAGAAAAUAAACAGAGGGAAUCGAGAUUCGGGAGGAUUCAAGAUUGGUCCGACAGGAACAAGAACAGGAGGGGAAACACAUGUUUUGUUAUUUAGCUUUCUAUGUGACAAUGAUCCAGAAAUUAUACAUUUCUUGGCCGUGUAAUUUUGUUUUCCUGAUAGAGAUUAGCCUUUAAUCUCCUUGUUCAUCGGAUAAUUAUUUUAUAAUUCGAAAAUUCAUCGAACUUUCGAUUCAA